AUGCUGGUCCGCUCCGAGCAGCCUCGAGCAGACACAAAGCUGACAUGGCUGACGCCAGACCCGGCCUAUCUCAGGCACGCCAUCGACGCAUACAAUCCUCAGCUAGACAGCGCAAAAGUCGUGCAGCGCAUAGUGCACAAGAUCUCAGAACUCAAUCACUUUCAGUAUCCUACCGUCAUUCGCUCGUCGCGUGACGGUCAAGUUGACGAGCUGGCCACGCGCAACCGCGACUUGUGUCGACUGGCCGACAUCCUCCCGACGGCUUCGCUGGUGUAUUUGCGUGAUCUGAUCGAUAAGCAACGCCAUUCAUACUUGCAGGCGAGCGUCCUUGCUUCACUCUCCUCUCCGCCCCCGCCGGCCGUGAAGACGCGUAGACGGCUCACUCACCACGAUCUAUUGCAUUCGGUCGAAUACGAAGAGGAAGCGCUCGAGCUCCUCGCACGCUGCUACCCCAGAGAGUGGCGAUCGACUCUUCGCAGAGGCCUGCUAGACCACAAUGCUUUUGUACCCGCUCAUGCCGCGCUCGCGAGCUCCAUCGCCAGUCGACCUGUACCUCUCAUCACUCGCGCCUUACGCACUUUUGGCUUUGCGAGAACACUGCCUCCUCCCGCUGCGACAGACUUGCCGAGACACGAAGACAUCGGGGACGCUCAAUUGCGCGGGGAAGUGCAAGUGGCAACGCGCGAGAGAACACAGCGGGAGAAGGAGGCGCAAGAGCUCGCACGGCGAACGGCGCUCUCUGGCAGAGCUGUUGCUGCUAGGUCUGCUGUCGAAUGCUCCUGCUGCGCCGAAGACGUAGCGCCCGGCACUGCGCUCGCUUGCACUGGCCGUAGUCAUACGCUCUGCAUAAACUGUAUCAUUCGACAAAUUCAAGAGAUCACCCAUGGUACUGCAAGGCUCGACGAGUUGUUGCGCUGUCAGCUCGCGCUGCCUUGUUUCGGCAGUGCCGACUGCACUGGCCGGCUCGCGCGCAGAGACCUCGAAGCUGUACUGCCUGAGAGAAUUCUGGCUGCAUUGCGACGGCGCAUAGACGAGAGGUGUCUCCAAGAGCUGACGACUGAGCUCAGAAGACGAGGCGAAGCUCUGAUCACCUGUCCGUUCUGUCCCUACAGCGAGAUCGGUCGCACGGAAAGCCUGGCAAUGCUUCUGCCGUUCUAUGCACCCCUGCCGAGCAGUGCAGGCUUUGGAGCGGUCAUGAUCGUCACUGCAGUCUCCUUCUAUGCGUUGCUGCCCAUCCUGCUCAUCUAUCUGCUUGGCUAUGGACUUCUGCUGGUCACGCCUUCUUCGUCAGAGUCAUUCACAUUGCUUCACCCCUUGCAAGCGACCGCCGAAAUCGGCGACAAGCUCAGAGCUGCACUGAAGCAGCGCGAGACGAUCGCUUAUACACCUCGUCUUGUCUGCCGCAAUGUCAAUCCUGGUGGCCAUGGGCACUUUCCGACAGCUGGCGAUGCAAUGUACUGUGGCGUCACGACUUGCUUGCUCUGUUGCAAUCUGUGGCAGGACGGUCACAUCUGUCCCCGUGACAGAGCAGACGACAUGCGCAUAUCGAUUGAGAAGGCCAUGGACGAGGCCAUCAAGCGGUCAUGUCCCACCUGUCACACGCCGGCUGUCAAAGACGGCGGAUGUAACCGUCUGCGAUGUCCACGAUGUAGCCAGGUCUACUGCUGUGUCUGUCUCACUCCGAUCAAUCGAGAAGGCUAUCGACACUUCUGCCAGCAUUUCCGCCGGCUGCCUGGCCAACCGUGCGACGAGUGCGAGAGCUGUGAGCUUUACCGAAUGCCGAGCGAUCGAGAGCUAGCCCUCGCUGCUGCUGCUCGCGCAAGACGUGCCUGGCUGAGCGAGCAUCCUAGCGACUCGGACCAUCCGGACUUGGCUCGAGUAAGUCAACCUGCUUGGCAAGAUCCGGAGAUUUUCCUUCGAACCCAUUUCGACAAAUUAGUGUCAUUGACUGUGGCACAUCUUGUGAGUCUGCGCUUGUAG